AUGGCUCCGGAAAUAGCCAAAGAAACAUGUUAUGGUCAAGAAGUGGACUGGUGGGCUUACGGUGUGCUGCUUCACGUACUACACACAAAUCGUUAUCCGUAUCCAAAUUGUGAGCUUCUGAAUGUAAAUAUCGAAAAACGAAUGAAGACAUUUGCGCAGAUGAAAUCGCAUCCUUUUUUUGACGGUAUCAACUGGGAUGAUGUUGCCCUUCGCAAGGUUAACCUUGUUCUUCUCUACUUCUUAUCGCAUUCACUUCUCAACAAAUUUUUUUACCAGUUGAGCAGUUGUCCAAGUGAAACUGAUAGCAAUGCAAGUACGUUGCACACCUCUACAGUUCAUCUUUCCUUAGUCACUCUUGAUAAUGCAGUCGGAAGAGACGAAGUGUUUGUGCUUGCCAUCAGCAGCCAUCCUCUGGCAAGGUUGCCGAUAGCUCUGUCUUUCAAGCGUUGCUUUGAAGUGAGCUGA